AUGCGAUUCGCUACAGUGUUACUUAUUACCAUCGUGCUUAUGGUGAUAGUAGAAUUAUCAGAAACAAGAAGACGUGGUGGUAGUUCAAGAGGCUCAAGAUCCAGUCGAUCGAGAUCUAGUUCUGGAGGGUCCAGCUCAAAACCUAAAAUCAUCCAGUACACACCAAUCAAAGCCACCUCAGUUCGCUCUCCGGUGAUUGUCAAACAAACUAAACUGGGUUCGCGUUCAAGCACGUUCAAGAGAGUUGGAAGGAAGGAAUCGACGACUACUUGGUUGACUUGACAACUACAGUGAAAUAAAAAAAUGGAUAAACGAAAAUACUACACGGUAUCGACAAAACAGUGUCGUUGGAAGACAUCAAGGAUCAAGACUUUGAAGUUGUAAGUCUCGCCAGUUACAACAUGAUUAUUGUGACGGGAACAACUUGUACACGAGUCGAGAACACCGUCCAAGGUACGAUGGUUACCAUGUAUGAGACAAAUCCGAACGGCUCAAACAGACUGAACAUCAACAACACGCUUCUCUCAGUCGUUAUUAUGUUGUUGGUGUUUAUGAAUCAACAUGUAUUUCGUUAUUGAAUCAAGAGGGCUUAUGUUUCGCUAGUAUCAAUAUUUUCUGUUAUUAUGAUAGUAGUUAACGUCAAAAUAGCACUUUAUUUGGUUUAUAUACUGCUGUAAUCUUGAGCUUAGCUUGGAAAGUCCGUAACCGCUUUUUACACUCACAAGUAUUCAUGCGAAAAAAUAUUAAUUACUAAUGACCCUCCACCAAAAAUGUUCUUUAAUUAUAGGUUGUACCAAGAUGAUUUCCUUGUUGCUAUGCUAAAUUUGGCUUGUUUUUGCUUCGAUUUGAGUAAUCACCUUAAAAGUUACAUGUCAUGAAAACGAUCUCACAUUUGUCGUUCCUUUUUUGCGUAGAAAAGGAUUUACUUCUGACCGCGGGAGAUAGACCUACAUACGCAUGAUUGUUAUGAAUUACGCCAUCGAGUACAAAGAGAUGAUCCAUGUUUCAACGAAGCUUAAAGAUUUUCAAAUUUUUUAAAAAAAGUUGCGUUUGCAUUAAAAAGCAAAUAUUCAUAGGCAACAAGAAAACAUCACAUGAACUGGGAGGAAAAAUAUUGAACGAGAUCUCAUGGCAGUUAUGGAGCUCAAGCAAAUGUUUGAAGUGUGAUAUUCUGAACAGAAAGCACCCGGAAGAAAAAAAUGUCAAGCUUGUGAACAUGCCACAGUUUGUUACCUAAAACCUUACAUCAGCAUAUGAUUUUUCUGAAAUUUUAAGGUAUAUCUGUUUUCCAUGUUAAGAAACAAGGCGAUUUUUAAAAUAACACGAUAGGCAAAAGAUUCCUCUCAAUACUCAUUAGCACGCUUCUUAAUUAGAUUUCUGCUGUGUACUUUCGUCCACGCAAGUCAAUGUGCGUUGAAGAACAAUUUUACAAAGAAAUCUUGAAACAAUAUUACGCACGUCUGCAAUCGCAAGAAUACAGAGAAAAGUUAAAACAUAUUGAUUUAACGCGGCAGUGGAAAUUGCUGACGCGCUUUACGCACGUUCAACGUACGGAAAAACUCACGCGACAUAGCAAAUCCACCUUUAUUAGUGAGGGAGGAGGAAAAAGACGAAUAUUCCUCAGUACGUAGUGAAUGUAAUAUCAUACACUACGCACUGUCGCGAAGUGAGGAGGGAAAUUUGUGGAACUGUAUAUUUGUGAAAUUAUUUGCGCGAGGCUACUUGCGAUUACUUCUUAAAGAUAUCUAGGCUAAGCUUCAUGGAGAGUUCCGAAGCGCGGAUUAUGCUCGAUGCUCAUCCACGAAGCCUGCUUAUUAUCGAAAUAGGCGACAAUCGACUGGUCGGAGGCUUGUCGAUAGAUCCGUGGAACUGUGGCCCUGUCGUCUUCAACUUUGUCCGACGUUUUAUAAAUGCACUUCUUGGACAACAGAACCGGGAAUUUCUUCUCACUGGUUACAAAUAUUACAGCCAGCAAGCAGGUGCUCGUCAUUAGGGCCCAGCUGAUAGAUCUUAAUAGGAAGAAAAAAGUGUUGUAAUUUUAAAUUGAUCUAUAUAAAAGAAAGUCUUAUUUUACUAGCUGCUGUAAACUAAAAAUAUUCGUGAUAACUGUUAUAUAAGUACUGAGAUUUACUCAGUGCAAACUCACUGAAUAAAAUCGUCUUUCAUUGAUGAGGAAAAAUCCCAUUGGUCAUACGAUUUUUCUAACUUGUGAAAAAUACCAUAUGAUCAAUCAGAAGCCUGAUACGCGAUUUUAUUCACAAAAGAGGAAAAAUGGUAUCGGUUUUUCCAGCCUUUCAGGGCGGCCAUGCGAAGUAAUUGAGAGUAGAUGUUUGGAAUGUUCCCUACUUGCCUGAAAACCAGUUAGUAAAAAUGUGCCACAGUUUGUGUGAACUAAGUACAGGGAGAGCGCAUGAUGGAGAGAAACCGAAUUUAUCUCAAGUAUCUGAAGGUUUUUCGACCACAGUUCAUUAAGCAGGUUCGGCCGCAGAUUAUCAACAUGGCCAGCCAGCAAUGUCGCUUUUUACAGGCGCUGUUAUUCAAGGUGGUCAACUGGACAUCUCUAUCAACAGCCUUAAUCAAUCACCGACCUUGGCCACUCCAGAAACUGACAGAGAGAUAAAAUCCACAAAAAUGUGCAAAAGCCUAAAACUACUCGACUCCGAUUCGUAGUAAAAAACGCUUUGCUAGUUUGUUGAAAGAUUAUAGGAGCUAGUAUUUUCAGAAACUCUUCAAUUGUCAAACUUAAGCCUAAAUCUCGUUGAACGGGCUUUGUAAUGUAUUAUUAUUUCCAGAAUCCGCCGAACGAGUACUAGCUCUGGAGGGUCUAACCGAAAACCUAAAAUUACCAAGUACACACCGAUCAAAGCCACCUCAGCUAGCUCUCCGGUGAUCGUUUCACAAACUAAACUGGGUUCGCGUUCAAGCACUUUGAAGAAAGCUGUUGUAGCCCAUGCAGUGCACCGUUACUCGAUCAUCAGCGCCCCAGUGUAUUGA